GCUCCAGUCAAGAUGAUUGGGCUACCAGUUUCAGUGGUAGCUGUAUUAGCAGCACCAGUGGUAGCUCUGCUACCAUCUUCAGUGAAGAUGAGGUAGGUAGUGAGUGGACUAGCAGUUACGGUAGUAUCAGUACUACCAGCUGUAGUCCAACAGUGGACCGUCCUUAUGCUGAGCUCGAGAUGGCUCAGACCUCACUUGAAUCCACACGUGGACUUGACAAGCAGGAAGAGCCCCUUUUGAGUUCAGCUGACUACAGACUUUUUGGUAUCUCACAAUGUCAUCAGGUAGGAUUGGUAGGGAAUGUGGCUCGUGUGACAUCUGUGACCGGCGUAAGCAGAAAGAGGACAAAGGGCAGUGACUCUGAAGAGGAGCCCCCUGCCAAGAAGACUAGGGACACUGUUGCGGAAGAGGAGCUCUCCUCCAAGAGGACCAGGAAGAGUGAUUAUGCUGAAGAGGAGCCCUCUGCCAAAAGCACCAGGUAUAAUCAAACUAGAGAGGAGCUCCUGUCCAAGAGGACCAGGGACAGUGAUGCUGAAGAGGAGAUCCCUGCCAAGAGGUCCAGGAACAGCGAUGUUGAAGAGGAACCUGUUCUCAGUCCUUCCACAAAUACGUUGUGUGAGGAUCCCCUUCUGUCAUCCCCUGUUAUCAGUCCCUCACAAGGGUCGGUGCAAGAGGAUUCUUUUCAGUCCUCCCCUGUCUCCAGUCCUUUGCCCAUGACAUUCUGGGUGGAUCCCAUUUUUUCACCCUUCAGUCUUUCACCUCAGAGUGCAUGUGAGGAUCCCAUUCUGUCCUCCCCUGUCUUCAGUCCCUCACCAAGAAUGCCAUGUGAAGGUCCCAUUGUGUCAGUUCAUGCCAUCAGUCCCCCAAUCAGUGAAGAUCCUAUUUUGUCAUCCCCUGUCCUCAGUCGUCCACGAAGGACAGCGUGUGAAGAUCCCAUUGUGUCUUCCCCUGUCGUUAGUUCUUCACCAUCACCAUACUGCAAAAUUCCAAGUUUGUCAUUCCCUUGCAUAUGUGUCUGGAUGAAGUCUCAAAUGGACAAAGAAGAGGAACCAAUACCUUCAACAUCUGAGAUUGGAUCUGACAGAACUGGAGAAAGAGUGAGUUCCAGACAAGUGUGGAUUAGACCUCACUACGACUUGUCAAGUGAUGACUCUGAUUAGAUUGUGAUCUUGAGAAACUGAAGAUCUUCCUGAGAAGUCCUAUUAGGAUACCACAAUUUCUCUGUUUUUGUUAAAGCCAAUGGCUUUCUAGCAGGACCGAGGAUGCCUUAGGUAGCGUCUCACACCAGGGCUUUUCUUUAUCCCGCUGCUAGAUUGUUCAUUUUACAUGUUAAGGAUUCUAGCAGGACCGAGGAUGCCUUAGGUAGCGUCUUGCACCGGGGCUUUUCUUUAUCCCGCUGCUAGAUUUUACAUUUUAGGUGUUAAGAAUUCUGGCUGAACAGGCAAUGCUAACUUUUUUGCGAUUAACCAAUGAAUGACUAAAUGCUGGAGAAGGCUAAUUAAAUUUUUUGAGAAACAAGACCAUAUUGCUGAACAAAAAACACUAAAAGGAGUCGGACAUGGCUGGUGCAUAAAAGAUAAACGAUAAAAGGAAUGAGACAAUGCUACAGGAUUAAUACUAAAUCUAAAACAAUCUUGCUGGGUAAAAAUCAAACCUAAAAAUGAUUAAGACAACGCGGCUCGGGACACUAGAAUCAAUACAAUUGAGACAACACUGCUGCAAAUUUAAGACAUGAAAAAACACAAAUUGAGACACAAUAUAAUGGGUUGAGCUGUGGUAUAAACGGAUUGAAACAGCGGUUUUAAAGUUAUAACCAUUUUGGUCUGGACAUUAUAAAAUCCAUUAUAAAAAUGAGGCGUUUUUGCGUAUGAAAUAACAACUGCAGGGACAAUAACAAUGGGAGUUAAUUCAAAUGUUCAAAGAUAACAAGAGGAAGAGAGAAAUGGGCAGGUCCUUUGAAUCCCAGAAAUGAACUGUUUGGUAUGGUGGCUGGAUUCCAAAACCCUCAAGUCCACAUGUUAAAAUGUCGUUGAACUCGGGUGAUAAUGGUUUUAAAAGUAGGUAAUGCUGCUGGGUGUCAAGCCUAAAAUCUCUUAGAACUGAGAAGAGACAACACUUUUUGGGACAGUUUCAUCUCUUUAAGGAUGGAGACGACGCUUCUGCGGACAAAUGAAAUCUUUCAAAUAGUGAGAAAUUUAAAUCUUUUAGGACUAAUAUGAUGCCAUGGUGGAUAAAUUAAGAUGUAGAGGAAUUAAAACAACCCUGCGGAGUACAAAUUAAAAUUUUUAAGGAUGAAAGAAAAAGACAGAGAUAAAUCUUUGGUUAAUUCUUGGUCCAGUGACUUGGACCACCAUAGAUAUAUUCUGAGGACCACCAGGAGCUGCAGUCACCUUUCUGAUAAAGCAAAAGUAAGUAUCAGUAUCAGUCCCAGACAGAGCAGCGCGCAGUGAGACUGCUUCUUCCAAGAUUCUCUCUGUGCUUCUGUCUCUGUUUUCCUCUCUGCUCUCCCAUGUUUCAGGGCGUAGUAGCGGUGCUUCCCCACACGGUGCUCUCUAAUAUAGUAAAUUGUUCUCACCUGUUCCUCCAUUAAUCCACUCUCCCAGUCUUAAUCUUUCAGGUUUUAGCUGCUAAUCGCUGGAUUCUUUCGUUGUUGUCCAUGUGGUUCCUGUCCUCGUAGUUCCUGCUUGUUGGAUCUCCUGGACCUGCAAACCUCCACCUUCAACACCAUCAUUCAGGAAGAGGAAGAUAAGAGAACCUAGUUGAC